AAUAAGUUUGUCUCCAAAUUAAGAUAAAUUGAUUGCGUGGGUUUCUACUGCUGAUCAGUGGUGUUUGCCUCUCCCUGAGCUCAAAUAAGAUCUUAUUUCUAACAUAGAAGAAUCUGAAAGAUGUCGCAAGGCAAUAUUAUGUUUAUGGAAGAGGAAAGUAAAUGGGUAAUUGAUAUGACAGAGAGGAUUACUGAUAGAUCCAUCAAGGACUGCAAGCCAGGUUCAGGCUACUUUGGGGUGACCAUAAACAGGGUCCCCAAGUUUCUGUUGUUUCUACGGAAGGAAGCCUACACUCCUCGGGCCGUCCGCCUUGGCCUUUAUCACCAUGUGAUAGCGCAGCCAGCAUCCAAUGUGGAGCGCCUCAAAGCAGAAGCCGCAGAGAUGAUGGCACGCAGGCUACCAAGACAGGAGGAGCACUUGCAUUUACAUGAUGCAGUCGCACAUAUUGUUUGUGAAAUUAGAAGGUGCUAUGAAGAAGAAUUUGAAUACAAGGACGAAAGCAUAGCGAUGGUUUUCACUUUGGAUGGAUGCUUUGUUUUAGAGAUCUUAAGAGUUUUGACUACUGGAGAGCAGAAUAAACAACAGCCACAGCAGCAUUGUCAUCCCAUUUUCAACAGUAAUAGAGUCAAGUCCUGUCAAUUUGAUGUUCUUAGUGAUAUUCUGAUGCUUGAAAAUCAAAUCCCCAUUAAGGUCCUGAUAAAGUUAUUGGAAGUGGAGAAAGGUUCAGAGGCAGAAGCUAAGAAAGAGCUGCUGAGAUUGCUAUGCAACGGUAUUAUUCCUCAAAUUCACCCUUUCUUGCGAAAUGGGCCUGACAAUCCAGAUUUGAAGAGAUUUGAUGAUCUUGAGAAAUAUAAACAUAUUCUCGGGCUACUCCAGAGUCUAAUUGUGGAAGACCCAAAAGAUUCAAAAGAGACACCGCCUAGUGGAGGUAACAAACUUCGCUUUGCAAUAAAAGGUCUCCUGCGAAAGCUCCUCAUUCAAUCAGAAGAGCCCAAGUUAAUUAGGCAUCAGACUCUGAUGGCCUCUACCAGAGACUUACACAAGGCAGGAAUGAAGUUCAGUCAUUACGACGGACUUCCAUCCCUCGAAAAGAUGACUUUCAAAAGGAGAACUCUUUCGCUCCCCACGAUUUGGAUCACUGACAGUACAGAAGUAAUUCUGAGGAAUCUGAUGGCUCUGGAGGUCUGCCAGGGAUUCACUGCAAUUUCAUAUUAUGUGUAUCUGCUGAAUAGCUUGGUGGAGACCGAAGCAGAUGUUGCUGUGCUCAGGAAGUUUCAAAUUAUCCAGAGCACCAUGGGCACGGACAAAGAAGUAGCCUACAUGUUGAAUAAUCUUGGCAAGGGAAUCAAUUUUGAAUCAGAGCAGGAUCCUUUCAUGAAGCUGAAGAUGCAGAUCAAUGAGUGGUAUAAAAGCAAUUUUCAAAUCCUGUUAAGUGAUUCUAAACACAGGCACCCAAAGUUCUGGCGGAACGCUUCAAUCUUUUGGGGUCUCGCGGUUUUGGUAUCCGCCGCCAUACCCACUCUCGUCAAUAUAUGGCAAAAGAUCGUAUAGGAAGAAACGUACAUCACACGGCUAUAGUUUUUUUAUUAGAUAGCGUGCUGCCUACUCUUAGUUAAUUGUGUGAAAGCAAAUAUGCAUUGGUAUAUUCCAAAUUGUUGUAGAUUGAGCAUUUGAGUGUUUAUACGUAGGUAUUACAUGUUGUCAUAUUAUUUAUAAAAAUAAAAUAAUUAGAAAAGUAGUAAAGGAAGAGUUAUAUAUAAUUCAUUGAGGCAUAUUUUAUUUGUAUCGUGCAA